AUGGAGCAAAAAUUAAUGUUGCCGCCAGCUGAUGUUACAGUCACCGUUGUGUUCCAGACUGUUGCGUAUUUGGCUGUCAUUUGCCUUGGAUAUCGUAUGGUACUGGCACUUUACAAUAUAUCGCCAUUGCAUCCUUUGUACUGCUUUCCUGGGCCCAAGAUUGCUGCAGCAAGCUAUUUGUACGAGGCAUAUCAUGACUGGUGGCGGGUAGGACGAUAUGGACACGAAAUCCGUCGCAUGCACGAGCGUUAUGGCCCAAUUGUGCGAAUAAACCCGGAUGAACUACACUGCUCGGACCCGUACUUCACAGACGAGAUCUACGCUGGCCCUGGGCGAAUCCGCGAUAAAUGGAAGCACCAGCUAAACACGGGGGGCGCCGGUCCCGUUUCCGUAACUGGUUUCUCAACAGUCAAUCACGAAGUUCAUCGCAUGAGGAAAGGAGCCUUGUCCAAGUAUUUCUCUCGUCAGCAGAUGCUCAAGCUUGAGGGUGAGGUCAAAGAGUUUGCACAGAUGAUUGUCGACAAGAUGCUUCGAUACGCUGGUGGAGAGCCCUUUGAUGUGAAGGAAGCCUUCAACUGCUUUACUGCGGAUAUAAUGUCGCAGUACGCUUUUGGUGAAUCCAUGGGCUUCAUCGCUCAAGAUGGUUGGGAGCCGAAUCUGGCUACUUGGGUCAAGUCUUUCUUCCAGAGUGCCUACAUGAUGAGACAUAAUGUCUUCGCAAGGAAGGUGGCCCAGCUUCUUCCGUUUUUAUCUGACUACUUAGGCGAGGAUAUUAAAGCAGUCAUGAGACAGAUGAAUGUCGUGAUUCCUGGGUACAUCACAGCUGCUUUAAAGAAUCCCGAGGGAGGACGAGUUUUUGCUGACGUGAUGGAGUCCAAAUCACUACCUGAGUCAGAGAAAUCUAUGUAUCGGCUAUCGGGAGAGGGUUUCAAUUUCCUCUUGGCCGGGACCGAGACUACUGCUGCCAUUCUGACGGCUAUCACCUACUACCUGCUCGCUCAGCCACUGACAUAUCAACGAUUGAUGGCCGAUCUCGAAGUGAUCGAUCCGAAAACAGUCAAGUGGACCGAACUCGAGCAACGUCCUUACCUCUGGGCCGUCAUCCACGAAGCCCUUCGUGUAAUGCCUGGUGUAUCCCACCGUUCAGCCAGGAUUGCCCGCGAAGAAGACUUGGUCUACAAAAGCAAGGAUGGUAGCGUUGAGUGGGUUAUUCCCAAAGGCACUCCCAUUGGUAUGACUUCAAUGAUCAAUCACUGGGAUGAGGAAAUUUUCCCCAAACCGGACGAGUUUACACCAGAGAGAUGGUUGGAGGGAGGGAAGCCUAACUUCAAACUACAGAAGCUCUUGAUUGCCUUUGGUAAGGGUAGCCGAGCAUGCAUCGGUGAAAAUCUCGCUUAUUGCGAAGUCUAUAUCAUGGCAGCUUUGCUCGCUUUUCGAGUUAUACCCAGGGCGCGUCUAUAUGAUACAACGAUCGAAGAUAUCACAUACGAUCAUGAUUUGAUUGUAGUCCAAACGAAGAAGGGAUCUAUUUCAGUCCGUAUUGCCAUCUCAUAA